GUAGCGCUCGCUCACAAUCACUGUUUUAAGCUCUUAUCGAUUCUUGCGUGAGCUGGAGAGACUUCCUAUUCAACUCCGCGCGCUGAUGCUGGAUACCGUUCUUCAGGGCGGAUCUAUUGCUGUUCAUCCACAGCACCAUGAAUACAAACACUAAAUAAAUGGUUACCGGUCACGGGAGUGGAGGGAAAGCUAUUUUGGUGACGGUCACCGGCGCUUGAAAUUCCUAGACGGGAAGACAUAGAAACGCAACGCGGAGUUUGAAGCGUUUAUUUGACAGGUGCAGCCCACUCGGACCGAUGCCGCCAGUUCAGAGAACUAUGUCGGAUCUCCGGUCCCGUGCUGAGGACAGUCCUAGUUUGUCUCAGUUCGGCCUCAAGGGAGCAGAGCGAGCAGGGAGAGGGAUUCUGAGUCUUAAUCAUUAUUCGUCGCCUUACCCUCGCUGGACUAGGAUGGAUGUGGGAGCUGGAUCUUUAUUCCAAUUUGCAUCCAUUUGCCUGUAGCAGCCAGUCCAGCUGUGGACUGUGUUCAUAAACACCAGUUGGUACUAUCUGCUUGUGGGCAUGUUAUCCACUGUGUGUCCAUGGAAGAGUUGAAUCCUUUUCUCAGCAAUGGUGUGUGGCUUCAUGAAUGCAUAUUAUACAGGUAUGAAAAGACAGAAGACACAUCAGAGAAGACCUCUCUGGCAGACCAAGAAAAUUCCAGACUAAUAUUCAUCAAUCAGCCACAGUUUACAAAGUUCUGCAGUAAUCGUGUCAGCACUGCAAAGUACAAUGUGCUUACGUUCCUGCCUCGGUUCUUGUACUCUCAAUUCAGAAGAGCGGCCAACUCCUUCUUCCUCUUCAUCGCACUGCUGCAGCAAAUCCCUGAUGUGUCACCGACGGGUCGAUGGACAACACUGGUGCCGUUAAUCUUCAUCCUGGUGGUGGCUGCAGUGAAGGAGGUUAUAGAGGACCUGAAACGUCACAAAGCUGAUAAUGUUGUCAACAAAAAAGAGACACAAGUGUUGAGAAACGGAGCUUGGGAGAUUGUACAUUGGGAGAAGGUGUCGGUAGGGGAGGUAGUCCGAGCAGCAAAUGGAGAUCACCUCCCGGCCGACCUCAUCUUACUGUCGUCCAGUGAACCUCAAGGAAUGUGCUACAUAGAAACCUCAAAUCUGGAUGGAGAAACAAAUCUGAAGAUCAGACAGGGUCUGCAGAUCACCGCAGACAUUAAGGACAUUGACAGUCUGAUGCGUCUCUCUGGACGGAUGGAAUGCGAGAGUCCAAACAGACAUCUGUAUGAAUUUGUGGGCAAUAUUCGCCUGGAUGGACACAGCACUGUACCGCUGGGUCCAGAUCAGAUCUUGUUGAGAGGAGCUCAACUCAGGAACACACAGUGGGUGCACGGUAUUGUGGUCUACACGGGGCAUGACACCAAACUCAUGCAGAACUCCACACGGCCUCCUCUGAAGCUGUCCAACGUGGAGCGCAUCACAAACUUUCAGAUCCUCCUGCUUUUUGGCUGUCUGUUGGCCAUCUCUUUUGUGUGUUCCAUUGGCCAGACCAUUUGGAAGUAUCAGUAUGGCAAUGACGCCUGGUACAUGGACCUCAACUAUGGUGGAGCGGCUAACUUUGGCCUGAACUUCCUUACCUUCAUCAUACUCUUCAACAACUUGAUCCCGAUCAGUCUUCUAGUGACUCUGGAGGUCAUCAAGUUCAUCCAAGCUUUCUUCAUCAACUGGGACACUGACAUGCUGUAUGAAGCCACCAAUACACCAGCUAUGGCUCGCACCUCAAACCUAAAUGAAGAACUUGGACAGGUGAAGUACAUCUUUUCGGACAAGACGGGCACCCUGACCUGCAACGUCAUGCAGUUUAAGAAAUGCACUGUUGCAGGCGUGGCCUACGGUCACAGCUCUCAAUCCACAGAGGAAUCUGGAUUUAAUGACCCCAGCUUACUGGAAAACCUCCAAAGCAAUCAUCCCACCGCUCCUGUCAUUAUGGAGUUCAUGACCAUGAUGGCAAUCUGUCACACUGCUGUUCCUGAACGAAUGGACGACAGGAUUACCUACCAAGCUGCAUCUCCAGAUGAAGGCGCUCUGGUACGGGCAGCACAUAACCUGGGUUUCGUGUUUUCUGGGAGAACUCCAGACUGUGUUAUUGUGGAGUCGCUUGAAAAGGAGGAGAAAUAUGAACUGCUGCAUGUUUUGGAAUUCACAAGUGCCAGAAAGAGGAUGUCAGUCAUCAUGCGCACUCCAUCAGGAAAGAUCCGCCUUUAUUGCAAAGGAGCUGACACCGUGAUCUAUGAGCGAUUAGCCGACAGCUCCAGAUACAAGGACAUAACCCUGAAACACCUGGAACAGUUUGCCACAGAGGGUCUGCGCACACUGUGUUUCGCUGUGACAGACAUAUCAGAAUCAUCAUACCAGCAGUGGCUGGAGGUACAUCAACAUGUCUCAACAUCUCUCCAGAACAGGGCACUCAAGUUGGAGGAAAGCUAUGAACUGAUUGAAAAGAACCUGCAGCUGCUGGGGGCCACAGCCAUUGAAGACAAACUGCAAGACAAGGUCCCAGAAACCAUUGAGACCCUCAUGAAGGCUGACAUUAAGAUCUGGAUCCUCACUGGAGACAAGCAGGAGACAGCUAUCAACAUAGGACACUCCUGCAAGCUGCUCACGAAGAACAUGGGCCUGCUAGUGAUAAACGAGGACACCCUGGAUGGUACCAGAGAAACACUUAGCCAUCUCUGUAGCUUGCUGGGAGAUGCUUCGCACAAGGAAAAUGAAUUUGCUCUCAUUAUUGAUGGAAAGACGCUGAAGUACGCCCUCACUUUCGGUGCCUGCCAGUACUUCCUGGACUUGGCCCUUUCCUGCAAGGCUGUGAUAUGCUGCAGGGUUUCUCCUCUUCAGAAGUCUGAGGUGGUGGAGAUGGUGAAGAAACAGGUGAAAGUGAUAACUCUAGCCAUUGGAGAUGGAGCUAAUGAUGUGGGUAUGAUCCAGACCGCUCAUGUAGGUGUUGGCAUCUCUGGCAAUGAAGGACUGCAGGCUGCCAACUCAUCCGACUACUCCAUUGCACAGUUCAAGUACUUGAAGAAUCUUCUGCUGGUUCAUGGCGCCUGGAAUUACAACCGCGUGGCCAAGUGCAUCCUGUAUUGCUUCUACAAGAACAUUGUACUGUACAUUAUUGAGAUCUGGUUUGCGUUUGUGAACGGCUUCUCUGGUCAGAUUCUCUUUGAGCGCUGGUGCAUCGGCCUGUACAAUGUGAUCUUCACGGCUUUGCCUCCUCUGACUCUGGGCAUCUUUGAGCGUUCCUGCAGGAAAGAGAACAUGCUGAAAUACCCCGAGCUCUACAAAACCUCACAGAAUGCAAUGGGCUUCAACACCAAGGUCUUCUGGGCCCAUUGUCUGAAUGGCCUGUUUCACUCAGUCAUCCUUUUCUGGUUCCCUCUCAAGGCCUUCCAGCACGAUACCGUUUUUGGAAAUGGAAAGACACCAGACUAUCUCCUCUUAGGCAACAUGGUUUAUACAUUUGUGGUGAUCACGGUCUGUCUGAAGGCUGGGUUGGAGACGUCCUCCUGGACCAUGUUCAGUCACAUUGCCAUCUGGGGCAGCAUUGGAUUAUGGGUAGUCUUCUUUGGCAUCUACUCUUCUCUAUGGCCUCUGAUCCCUCUGGCUCCAGAUAUGUCAGGAGAGGCAGACAUGAUGUUCAGUUCAGGAGUGUUCUGGAUGGGCCUGAUCUUCAUUCCCAUCACAUCUCUGGUGUUUGAUGUGGCCUACAAAGUCAUGAAAAGGGUGUGCUUUAAGACCCUGGUGGAUGAGGUGCAGGAGCUGGAGGCGCUGUCCAAAGACCCAGGAGCCGUGGUGCAUGGGAAGAGUUUGACCGAGAGAGCCCAGCUCCUGAAGAACGUCUUUAAGAAGAGUACCGUCAGUCCGUACCGGUCUGAAUCCAUGCAGCAGAAUCUACUCCAUGGCUACGCGUUCUCUCAGGAUGAGAACGGAGUGCUCUCCCAGUCUGAGGUCAUCAGAGUCUAUGACACCACCAAGCAGCGGACCAAUGAGUGGUGAGAUUCAGCCUGCUGAGCCCCGCCCCCUCUCAAUGGUCACUCUACUUUUUAAAGGCUGACAGAGAGCUGAAGCCUGUCAGUUUAACUUUGGCCAGCCUAGGGCUCACCCUGGUCAAUAACGGAUAUGAAAAACACGAAGCAGUGUGAGAGGGAAUUGUCCUAUUCUUUGAAAGGAAAAAAAUAAUAAGUUCUGCUCUGCUGUAGUUGUGCAUUCAACAGCAGACACAAGCACUGUGCUCGCAUAUUUUAGCCCAGUCUACGGUCAGUAUGGUUUGUGAUCUAUCAAAUGGAGGAGAACAGCAUGAAAAACUGACUCCUCUUUCCUCUGCCAUUCCUUCGGCUCGGAGUGUUACAGACAAAUAUGUGGUGAUGAUGAAGAUGGUGAUAAAGGUGUUGAGAAAUAUUUGUUAUAAUGGUCUUUGACUGUGACUUUGUUAUCAUUAAUGGCACAUAAAACUCCUCUGUUGGUCAGAAUGCUCCCUUUUGUUGUUACUGUGUUGUAGUUUUAUUUGCCACAGAAGCUAGAUCCGAAUCCCAGAUCACCAGUGAAAAUUUCAAGUUCCAAAGAGCCUUAUGAAUGCAGUCUCUAUUUUAAAAAAAAAAAGUUUUAAAUAAGUGUUAUAAACAGGUCAUUUAUACACUCCUGAAAUGCACUCUGCACUAAUUUGACUACUUCACACCUAUUGUUUUUUCCAUGUAAAAUUUAAUGUAUCAAGGCCUUACAUUUGUUGUUGCCUUCAGCCAAAACUGGGUGUUUUAGUUUUGUUUUUAUUUUGUUUUUUGUGGGGGGUGUUUUGUUUUAUAUUUUGUUUGGUUUCUUGUUUUUUGCUUUUUUUUGUGUGUGUGUUUUGUUUUAUGUUUUGUUUUAGUUUUGUUUUGUUUGGGGGGGGGGGGUUUCUUCGCUUUUUUGGGUUUUAUGUUUUGUUUUUAGAUUUAUUGAUCAAAAUCAGUUUAUUGCUUUGGUUUGUGUUGUUUUAGUUUUUUAGUUUUUUUUUUAAUGAUUUGUUUAUUGAUCAAAAUCAGUUUAUUGUGCCUGGUUCUUUCAGAUCCUUUGCAGCUCACUGAUAUUUUUCACUUUAUGCAAUUUGGCAACAUUUCAAAUGCAUUCUUGAACAAGUUCCUGCAUUCCACAUCUUACACGGCUGCAAUGAUUACAAAGGUGCCUAAUAGGAACUUUUUUUUCUCCCUUUAGAGAUAGUGUUUCAGAGAGACUAGCUAGGCAGUGUUAUGGCAUGCUCACACUUUAGACCAAAAUAAUGAUGUUGUUCAUCACGUAUCAGGCUGUUACAAGAGUGUAAUGCCAGAUUUUUAAGCCACACAUUGAACCUUGGCCCCUUUUGUGUGUUCAGCUCAUCCUAAGGGGCUCGUAUGAAGGUAUUUUACCGUAGAUGAUCACAGCAACUUUUAUUUGACUUUAGUAAUUCCCUAAGAACAGAGUGUAAAUCCUUCAAACAUAAGUGCCAUUAGCAUAGGGGAAGAGCAGAGGGUUUCGCCACACCCACACACAUGAUCGAUACAACUUUGUCUCAAUAGUUAUUAUGUGAAUUUGUAUUUUUAUAUUAAACCAAGUGUGAUUUUUGGAUUGAUCUGCUUUGUAAUGAAAACGUUGUCCCUCUUAUUUGUGGUUCCUCUUCAAAAACUGGUCAUGGUUCAUGAGCUUACUUUGCCUUUGCCUCUUAUUAAUGCUUCUUUUUUGAUGGUGGAGUUUGUGCGUUGGUUCUCUUCUCCCCGUGGGAGAGCACAUUUUGUAUAGUGCGUCUGUGCAAUGUGUGUUGUCCGCAUGUGCAUGUGAGCUAAGUUUUGAAUGCGUUGAUGUAUGCGUGACCGUGUACGUUUGUGUUUGUAAUCCUGUCAGUAUGCAUGUCUGUUUAAUUAUUCUAAAACUUUCUCAUGGUGAAUCACUAUUUGCCAGUGAGACAGCUUACUCGAAUGAAAUUCCUGAAUAUUUUGAGGAUGUGUGGGUGUCCUUGUUUUCCGAUUGUCUGAAGCAGCUUGAUUCUUUCGUCUGCACGACUCCAGGUAUACUAAUGGUGAGCUAUAUGCUGAUGCAUGGCCCUGUACAUAAGCAGGUCUGUGCAGAUGUAAGUGUGUGAGCGCAUGUGUGUCAUCUGUUUCUGUCCCUCAGUCCCGUCUUGGCUGGGAAUUUCAGUGCAUAUGAGGCUCUGACAGAGAUGUUACAGAAGGCACUCUUUUAUCUUUUUACAUAUGUGAUGAAAAUGAUCUUAUCUAGUUAAUAUCAGUUGCAGUAUUAUUUAUCUUAAUACAUUUACAUGUUUGUAAUUUAGUUUUAAACCUCAGUGUAACUCAAGCCGAAAACGUCAUCUUAUUUUUUAUUUCUACAACAAGAAUAGUACAUUUAUAGCUAUUGUGCAUUGUUUUGUGCUUUGAAUUGGUUCUCUUGUUCUGUCAUCUCACUGAUUCAAACACUGGAUAUUUGGCCCUCUGAUGUGACUCCAGGUAAAAUGUGACAUUGGUUAAAGGACUGUUGGACUGUUGCUUUCUAAACUUUUGUCUGUCAAAGUGACUAAUUGCAUGAAUGGAAAAGUCGCUUCUUGGUUAAGCCUAAAUGUUAUUUGUGCUCUGAUUCUCCCACUGGUGUUGGUCACUUUAAAGAAUGAAAAUGCACUUAUGUUGUUUUGAAUUCUCUAUUAGGUGUUUUAUUUUGCUUUGAGAUCUUUUGUUUGUCUUUUUGUUCAGUGAUUGUUUAGCAUGUCGGAACUGCAAACUUUUAAGUAUUUUGUCUUUUAACUGCCAUUAAUGACUACUGAAAUAAACUUUACAACUUCAACAUGGAAA